GGCAAGCUGUUGCGUCAAAUCGUCGUGUUACGGCACCGCUGCGUGAGUUGCUUUCGCAAAUUCACUUGGCGUUGCUGCUCACAGUUUUGCUGCGCCCGACGCCAUCGCCGGCGUUUACAACUUUACCUAGGGAGGGGCACUUGGGCAGCCGACGCGUCGCCGCGGUGCGCUCACAGCGCGCGGCCAUCAUGGGCGGCGGUUCGGGCGUCGGCGGCUUCGAGGAGGACACGCUCAGCCCGCACCCCCUGCAGCAGACGGAGGAGGCGUUCCUCGAGGGCGUCCUCGGCGGCCGCCCGGCGCAGCCGCCGCCGCUCCAACGGACGACGAGCGCCUGGGGCGAGGCCCAGCAGCUGCGCGCGGCGCGGCGCGAGCUGAGUCUAGUCGUCGACGCGCGCCUCGGCCGGUGCGUCGAGGCGUCUACGCAGGAGACGGCGAGCGCCGCGGAGCUCAGAGCUGCUUUGAAGGCCGCCGCCGCGGCCGCGGCCGCCGCGCGCGACGCCGAUCAUGAGCGGCGGCAGGUCGAUGAUAGAUUAGACGCCGCGCUCGACCGCCUCGGCGCGCCCGUCGAGGAGGACGCGAGCGACGGUGACUGGGUCGGCUCGAACAGACUCGAGGAGGCUAUCAGCGCAGCGAAGGCGGCGGGCCGGGCCGAGGCGCUGGAGGCCCUCGGCGAGCGCGAGCGGCUGCGGGAGAAGUGCGAGCUCUACCGACAACGUAUUGAGGAGCUCGAGAACAACAUGGAAGACGUCGCCCUGGAUGACACCGUGGAUGCGAAGGUACAUAAUGAAGUGUUAGAGCGCCUCGAGGCGGCCGAGAAGAAGCUACGGUGCCUCAUGGGCACGGAGCGCGGCCGGGCCAUCGCCCAACUCGAGACGGAGCUCGAGGAGCGCGACGAGACCAUCGCCGCGCUGCGCGAGGCGUUGGACCUGGCGGCGCGGCCGCGCUCGCCGCGGACGCCGCCUCCCCUAAAGCCGGCGCCCGUCGACCCGGGCGAGCUCGCGCUGGACCUCGCGACGCAGCCGGCCCCGCAGCCGGCCUACCUCAUGCGCGCCGAGUCGCGCGCCUCGGAGGUGUCCUUCGACUCCGACGGGCCGGCGACGCCCGUAAAACCGUCGACGGCCCACCUCCUGCGGCCGGUGCCGCUCGCGGGCGAGACGCACCACCGCGUGAUCCAGGUCGCGGGGGACACGUUCGUGGUCUGAUGCU